CCUAGCUAUUUUUGCAAUCCAUUAAUUAGCAUUUUAGUACCUGAAAAAUAUGAUUGUACACAUAUUCACCACUGUUCAAACGGCAUAGACAAAUAGAGAGAAUCUGUAAAGUCCAAGUGCGGAUAUUAAUUAUUGACUCAACACUGUAGACAGCUUAGCCACAAUGCUAACUUGGUUGUUGUUGCUAACAGUUGGCUAGCAAAGAGCACAACAAUCUGGGUCAGUGGUGACGAAAAAAUGAGUAGCUAAAAGGUAUAUCAAAUUUGGCUGUUUCAUGAGAAAAUAACUGGCUAAAGAAAAGCACCAAAUGGAAAUCCAUAGAUGCAUUGUUAGAGGAUGCGCCAAUAAAUCGGACGCAAUUAUUCAUUACAGUUUACCAGAGGAACCACAGAGACGUCAACAGUGGCUACAGUUUAUUAAUGAAAGCAACUCGGGAGAGAAUAUUCCAGUUGUGUCCCGUUUAUGUGGCGACCACUUUACAGAAGAGUGCUUCACAAAACUUGAUCUCGGUUUCACCACGAGGUUAAUAUUAAAUCUUGACGCAGUCCCAACGAUUUAUUCCACUGAUAAAACAUCGGCGUAUCGGCAACACACAGUGUCCGCUGAGAGUGCAAAUGGGACUGGGAUGUUGGAAGUAAAAAAGACUGGCAUCAAGGAGGAGCCAGUGGACAGGGAGGUGGACUCGCAGGUGAAUCGCUCAAAAAAUUUGUUGGGUUCAAUCAAGAAGUCGUUUAGUUCAAUCAAAGAGGAAAAUGUUGGGCAGGACGCGAGCAUUGCAGGGAGCUAUGACCAGAUUAGAGUGUUGAAAAUAGGAGACUCACACACAGGAGAAAGGAAGAAAGAGGGAGGAGAGUAUGGGAUGGAAUACUCACACUCUCACCAAGAUGGAGGCUAUGAUGCCAUGGUAACAGAGAUUCACAGGGAAGAGGGGAUGAAGGGAAAGGGCAGAAUGAAAGAAUGGAUGAUGGAGAAAAUGAAUGUGACGGCGCAUGAGGUGGAGGUGUUUGUGAUAGAAAACUCAAAACCAGAGGAGGAGGAAUGGAGGGAAUAUGUGUUAGGGGAGGAGGAGGAGGAGGAGGAGGAGGAGGAGGGAUGGAGGGAAUAUGUGUUAGGGGAGGAGAAGGAGGAGGAGGGAUGGAGGAUAGAGGAGAGGGGAGAGGGCAGAAUGGAAGGGAUGUGGGUGAAAAAAGGGAGACGGAAAAAGCUCCCGGGGCCGCAGUGGUGGAGAUGGGAGCAAGAGAGGAAGAAAACAGAGGAAGAUGAGUGGAAGAUGAUUGCAGAGAGGGCGAGGGAGGAAGAGCGGGAGAGACAGAAAGGUCAGACUGUGGAGGAAGAAGAGAAGAAGCGAAAGAAGAGAGUGGCAGGGUUCCGCUGCCCACAGUGCAGCAACACCUUCCAGUCCCGAAGUGAGUUAAUGGAGCACAAGACCGGCUGCUGCAAUGAUGCAAAAUACACCUGCCCAGUGCCACUCUGCCCCAAACACUACACAACUAAGAGGUCCCUGUGGACUCACAUCCGCUUCCACCGUGUAAAGGAUGACAAGAAGAAGAAGGCGGCCUUGGAGACUAUCCAGAAAUCCCAGGGAGCCCAGGAGCAGAAGAUGAAGGCUUAUGAUGCUUACCUGACAGCCCAGAAAGCCCAGAAAUCCCAGGGAGCCCAGAAAGCCCAGAAAUCCCAGGGAGCCCAGGAGCAGAAGAUGAAGGCUUAUGAUGCUUACCUGACAGCCCAGGUGCAGCAGAAUCAAUACCAACCCAGCCAUAAGAAGAAAUUCUUCUGCCCACUCUGCAACAUAUACUACAGAAAUCAAACUAGCCUGGACAAGCACUCUCGUUGUCAUACCAGUGUCCACAAGUUGACGUUCCGCUGCUCCUUCUGCUCCCUGGAGAUCCUGCGAAAGUACACAACUAAAAAGCACUAUGACUUGGAACACCCGGGCAGGGUCCCACACUGUGAGGAGUGUGGAAAAACCUUUAACUCAAUCGACAGCUUCCUAAAACAUCAGGUUAGACACUUGUCCGUGACACCCUACUACUGUUAUGAGUGUCGCAUCUACCAGCUGACCCAGAGGGGCCUCACUGCCCACCUGAGAAACCACUCUCUCAGACGAAACCAGGAGCAGCUAGACCAGCAGUCUGGGAAACUCAAUAAACCUGAUAAUACAAUGAAUCAUAGUACAGACCCUCUACACAACAACCCUGCCUCUCUACAAGAGAACCACGCCCUUCUACAAGAUAACCACGCCCAUCUACAAGAUAACCACGCCCAUCUACAAGACAUCAAAGAAGAACUUAUAACCAAAGAAAUAGAAUCUCAAUCUGUGCUUUAACCCCUCCUCUUUGUCCCAUAACCAUACCCCUCCCUCUGACAUGAAAAACUGACCUGGGAACUUUAUCCGUGACUAUUUCUGUACAGGAGAACACUGAGACUGGGAUCAAAUCCUCUAAAUAGAGACAUCUAGUACUUAGUUUUUACAGGAGAUGAACUGUUUUAUCGAUACAGAGCGAAUAGCAGAAAUGACAGUAGUAGCAGAAUCAACAACCUCUGCAUCAUCAUAACAGUUGCUCUGUGAGAAGGUGUUAAAGUUCACAGUUAGCCAUUAUGUAAAUGCCAGCUGAAAAGUACCAGUGGCCUGGCUUUGGCCCCAGGUGAGAGCAGGCCCCCUGGAGCCGGCCCAGUGAGACACAGGUACCAGCUCACGUAGAUGGAAACUGAAAAGACUGAGCCAUAUGUACAGUAUUUGUUUGUCACUGUUACCUUGAAGGCCAGGUGUCUUUAAAAUGUUGUAAGCCCUUUAUAAGCCCCAUAAUAUCCUAUAUGAUGUGCAUUUAGCCUUCUAUCCAUAAUCUAAUAUAGAGAGAAUUCAGUUUAAUCUAUAGAGUUGUCUUACACAACAUUAACUGUAAUUAUCUUUACGUAAAAUGGGAUAGUCACACAUUUAUAAAAUGUUAUUUAGUGCUUCUGAGUUAAUGUUGGUGUUGAGAUGUAUUAUUAGACCAUUCCUGAUCCUUUGAGGUUUAAUCCAUUUUUCCUUCUGGUUCUGCACUUUUCUCUUUAUCCGCACUUGUUUAUUUCCUACAGUAGUCCAGGGUGAGUAGUACAGCACUAUGGGUAGGUUUAGUGGGUGCAACAUAGCCAUAGAAAUGUUUUGUAUAGAACAAAUACUUUGUGAAACAUAUGGGUUGUCUGUCAUGGUGGAUAGGGUAUAGUGUCAACUCUAUUACAUUUCUGUCUGCAACAAGAAUGUUUCACCUCACUGAAUACACUCCAUGUAUACAGUAGCAACUCUCUGGUCCUAUAGGAAGCCAAGUGAACUUUCUCUGGCCAAUAGAGAUGAACCCGAAUGACACUGUAGCCCUGCCCAACAAGGAGCACUUUGAUGUCGACUGGUUCCAUUACUGAAUGUCUGAUGCUUUGUUCUCUACACUAUUGACAUGCUCUCUGAAUAAAACGCCUUUCUAUGGUA